UGGGUGUCUCAGGCUGGGGGAGGGGCUGUCUCUAGAGGUGUGUCUGGGCUUGGCUGCUUUCAUUGUCAGUUGAGUCUCCUUCAUCUGUGUGAGCUGCAGCCUUGCUGGCUGGGGAAAGGACAUGACGGCUUGGCCCCUCGCUGCCUCCGCUGACCUCUAACCUUCGGACCUCCUCUUUGUACUCCCAGUGAUUGGUUGGCGCCCCCUCCCCCCAGGACUCGCCCGCUGGGCACACAUGGCACUGUGACACCCACCAUGGGCACGGCUGGCAUCUGGCUGCUCCUGGCCGGGAUCCUGGCAGUUGUUAUCCCGGACUCUCUGGUGGUCUCCUCCACCCCGCAGACCAUACAGAAGGUGGAGGGUGGCUCCCUGCAGCUAUCCUGCGAUGUCUCUUCCUCUUCUGCUCAGCACACUCACCUUUCCGUGUCCUGGUACCGACAGACCGGAGAACAGGUGGAAGGGGUCCUCUCCCUGAGCCGGGACUUUUCCCUCAGAGCCGGCUCCUCCUACGCUCAGCGCUUUUCCGUGGGGGACGUCCGACUGGACAAAGUGGGCAACGCCACCUUCCGCCUCUCCCUGUUCAACCUGCAGACCACCGACCAGGGCGAGUUCUACUGCCAGGGGACAGAAUGGAUUGAGGACCCCGACGGAGCCUGGUUCCCCAUGACAAGCAAGCGUUCCCAGGGGUCAGAGGUCACCGUCCAGGCUACCAACAGGGAGUUGAAUGUUCGCCUGGACACGGACCGCCGUACGUACAGCGCAGGGGAGACGGCGGAGCUGAGGUGCAUCAUCGAAGCUCAGAACGCGGCUGAGCGCAUGUUUGCUGUGUCCUGGGUCUUUAACAGCUCCCUCAUCGCCAGUGUGAGCCCCGGAGGUGUCCCGACCCUGACCGGCGAGUACAGCCAGAGAGAGAGCCGCGGAGAGCUAAAGGUCACCAAAGAGAGCGACCACGCCUUCUUGCUGAAAGUCUUCCGGCUGCGGCCAGAGGACAGCGGAAAGUACAACUGCCGUGUGAUGGAGAGGGAGAGAUCGGCGUCCGGGGAGCUGACCGACCGUGAUAUCAAGAGGCCCAAAAACGUUCCCAUCACCGUCCUCCCCCUCAGUGGUGGCAAAUUCCAGCUCGGUCCUGGAAGGAUCUCGCAUCAGCCUGACCUGUUCCGUGGCCUCGCUUGCUGGACCGCACAGCCGCAUUUCUGCAUCUUGGCACUUGCUGGACAAGCAGAACCGCCAGCGAGAGGUGAUCCGGCAGGACCGUGACGGCGUGACGUGGGCUGGCCAGAUGUACAGAGAGCAAGCCGGUUCUGGUGGACUGCAGAUGGUGAGGACCGGCUCUGACAUCUUCACCUUGGACAUCGAAGGUAGCCAGCGGCAGGACGCCGGCUCGUAUGAGUGCCGUGUGGCAGAAUGGGUGCCGGCGGGCGACGGCGAGUGGCAGAUGCUGGGAGAGAGGUUCGCCCAGACCAGUGUUGAUGUCACGUCUCUCGAGUCGGGUUUUGCUGUGACGGCCAUCUCCCGAACACCCGGGGUCACCUACUUUGACUCCUUUGAUCUCCAGUGUAUCCUAAAGCCACAUUACCCGCCCUGGGUGGGCAUCUCGGUGACCUGGCGAUUCCAGCCCGUGGGAGGAGGGGAAUCCCAUGAUCUGGUGAGCUUCAGCCAUUCUGGCGGAGUGCAGUGGGGGGAGCGAUCUGGAAAUUUCCGAGGCCGGAGCGUUGUGGAGAAAUCGGAUUCCAGUCACAAUGUGCGGUUGAGCAUCAGUCGGGCGAGCGAUUCUGAGGCUGGAAAGUACCAGUGUGUGGCUGAACUGUGGAGGAGAGAGUACAAUGCCAGCUGGGUCCGCCUGGCCGAGAGAGCGUCCAACCUGCUGGAGAUCCGAGUCCAGCGACCAGUGUCCCGCCUGCAGAUCGGUAAAGUGAAGCGGACGCUCGGCGUGGUGGAGGGCUCCACCGUGUCUCUGACGUGUUCUGUGCGCUCCCAGACCAACCCGGACUCCCGUUUCUCGGUGUUGUGGUUCGCUCACCGUCCUCCUGGUGCCGAUGGGAAGCUGAUCGUGCGAAGCGGAGUUGGUAUGGAAUACGGGACGUAUGCCGAGGAGGCGGCUCUGAAGGACCGGCUGCAGCUGGAGGUGCUGUCCCCUGGGCAGUACACCCUGACCCUGCUGGGGGCCCGAAUAGAGGACAGCGGGAGCUACUACUGCCAUGUGGAGGAGUGGGUGCUGGACCCCAAUCAGGCCUGGUACCAGCUGGCCAAGGACGCCUCCGGAAUGACUGAACUCGUUGUCAAGAUGCCUGACCUAAACCUCCAGUUGGAUCAACUUCCUCGUAAUUUAACCGUCUUGGAGGGCAACAGCUUCACGGUGACGUGCCAGGUACUAAACCGCACCCUGCCGGAGUCCCGCCUGUCCCUGGAGUGGCUGGUGUGGCGGGCAGGAGAAUCAGAGAGAAGAACUCUGGCCAGAUUAUCCACUGAAGCCAUCACUCUACCGCCCCCCGAGGAGGAGGAUAGGGGGAACCCCGACCUGCCCAGCCGUCUCUUCCUAUCCCAGCCGUCUCCAGGCUUCUACACCCUCACCCUCCGCACUGCUGAAGAGCAGGACAGCGGGGCCUACAGCUGCCGUGUACAGGAGUGGCUGCAGGAUCCGGGGCGCCAAUGGUACAAGAGGGCCGAAGACCGCUCAGCCGCUACCUAUGUCAGUGUGCGACGACCUGAAGCCGCUCUUCGCCUGGACGUCAAUCCUCAGAACAUGUCGGUGAUGGAUGGGGAGCACGUCACCCUGGACUGCGCCAUCCUCUCCCGCUCCCGGCCGGAGUCCCAGCUGGCCGUGUCCUGGUCCUUCCAUGGUGGAAGCCGGAGUGCGGAGCUGCAGACCAUCCUAAGUACGGACCGCGUCGGGGUGUGGAGCACGCCUAAUCCACGCUGGGAGGGACGACUACAGCAAAUCCAACUGUCCCCGACCGCCUUCAAGCUGCGCGUUCCUCGGGUCACCGCAGGGGAUUCUGGGAACUUCACCUGCUCUGUACAGGAGUGGAUGAUGGGAGCUCGCGGCGAUUGGUAUCUACUGGCUCAGGAUGAAGCUCUGAUCGGAUCGGUCACUGUGAAGGGCAAAGAGUCUGACCUGCAGUCCGUCAUCUGCUCCAACGACGCCCUCUUCUACCUGGUCUUCUUCUACCCCUUCCCCAUCUUCGGGAUCCUCAUCAUCACCAUCCUCCUGGUGCGCUUCCGGAGCCGGCCCUCCAGCAAGACGGGGGAGGGGAAGAACGGCGUGCCCCUCCUGUGGAUCAAAGAGCCGCACCUCAACUACUCGCCCACCUGCCUGGAGCCGCCCGUCCUCAGCAUCCACCCGGGCACCAUAGACUAAAGAGGAACUCUGCCCCGUACUCUGUGCCACGCCGCUUCUUUCCACGAGGGGGCCGAACUCCUCAUUUAGGGGGCGGGGUGAACCGCAGGGGCUGUUGGGAUAUUUUGUGCCGUGCACCGAAAAAAAAAAAAAAACUUCCUUUGUUGGCGAGAGCCCAAAAAAUCCUGUCUGUGCGCUUUACGGAAAGAGGGGCGCAAAGGACUCUGGGACGCCCCCGCGAGCUUCCUCUUUCCGCGUCUCGUCCGCCAUGUGUGUACGGUGAGAUUUCGCGGUUGGACGCCCCGGGACUCGUCUUGCUGGGAGCCCUCGUCUGAUUGGGCAGGGGGGAAGGGGAGGGGAGGGUGGGCGGUUCCCUCAAGCAGCAGGAGAUUGUAUUGACUUUGAAAGCGCACUUCACCCCAGGCGAGGGAUGUUGGCGUGGCCCCCGGGGGCCCCGCUGGGGACAGCCUGGUGUUGCUGACGCUGUGUCUGUAUAGCGGCUCUUCCUGUGAAUCCUUCUUCUGCCUGUGGAUCGUUUUUAUUUUUAUUUUUUAUGUAAAUUUUGUUUUUAUCCCGUGAUAUUUCCUGUAUGUUUUUAUUUGUUGCACUGUGGGAUUGUGGGUAACUGCUGGAUUCCGGUGGUGACCCGCCAUCCUUCCUGGGGUGGGGGGCGGGGGGUCCAGUCUAUAAUGCACUCCAAGAGUGAAAGUGUUAAUGGAAGAGUUUCGGGGGUUUCGCUGACUCCACCUUCUUUUUUUGAGAUCCGCCCGGUCUUCCUACGGCAUGCGGGAGGGCGGCCAUCUUGUAUCCGGAGGAUCCAUAUCCCGAGUCUUUUGCCGUUUUUUUUUUU